GACAGAACAGACAGAUCUACCUACUAAUUUCUCUAUGGAAUGGAAUGGAUCAUUUGGAUCAAGCAAAAUCUGUAAAACUCAGGAAUAAAAUAUUUAAUUUAGUUUUUCAUUUGACAAGUAAAUCAUGUGGUGUACUGUAUCAAUGUAACACGUUUUAAUGAAUUGGUGCUAUUCUAGUGGGAACAAAUAAUUAUUUAUUCGAUAACUGAACACUUUCAACAUGAGCUUUUUAUUUGGAAGUCGUUCCAACAAAACAUUUAAACCUAAGAAGAAUAUCCCAGAAGGCACACAUCAGUAUGACUUGAUGCGACAUGCAGCAGCCACGCUCGGCUCUGGGAACCUCCGCCUCGCGGUGAUGUUACCUGAAGGGGAGGACCUCAAUGAGUGGGUUGCCGUCAACACCGUGGACUUCUUCAACCAGAUCAACAUGCUGUACGGCACCAUCACAGAGUUCUGCACGGAGGAGUCGUGCGCCGUGAUGUCGGCGGGGCCCAAGUACGAGUACCACUGGGCAGACGGGCACACAGUCAAGAAGCCCAUCAAAUGCUCCGCGCCCAAGUACAUCGACUAUCUCAUGACGUGGGCGCAAGACCAGCUCGACGACGAAACUUUAUUCCCCUCUAAAAUAGGCGUGCCGUUCCCCAAGAACUUCCUGCCGAUGGCGAAGACGAUCCUCAAGCGUCUGUUCCGCGUGUACGCGCACAUCUACCACCAACACUUCCCCGAGGUAGUCCAGCUCGGGGAGGAGGCGCACCUCAAUACCUCCUUCAAACACUUCAUCUUCUUCGUGCAGGAGUUCAACCUGAUCGAGCGACGUGAGCUGGCGCCGCUGCAGGAACUGAUCGAGAAACUCACUGCCAAGGAGGCGCGAUGAGGGGCGCGGACCGGGGCGCGGCGGCGGCGGGG